AGUCCGUUGGCGGUGGCGGCUCUAGGGCUGGGGGCAGCCGGACAUGGAGCAGCCGUGGCCGCCGCCGGGACCUUGGAGCCUCCCUCGGGCCGAGGGUGAGGCCGAGGAAGAGAGUGACUUGGACGUGUCCCCCAGUUCUCCCCGCUGCCCGCAGCUGCCGGGCGGCGGCGCCCAGAUGUAUAGUCACGGAAUUGAACUGGCUUGCCAAAAGCAGAAAGAGUUUGUCAAGAGCUCUGUGGCGUGCAAAUGGAAUCUCGCAGAAGCUCAGCAGAAACUUGGUAGCCUAGCCCUGCAUAACUCGGAGUCCUUGGAUCAGGAACAUGCCAAAGCACAAACAGCGGUAUCGGAGCUGAAGCAACAUGAAGAAGAGUGGAGGCAGAAAGAAGAGGCUCUCGUACAGAGAGAGAGAAUGUGUCUGUGGAACAUGGAUGCCAUUAGCAAGGAUGUUUUUAAUAAGAGUUUUAUUAAUCAAGAUAAAAGAAAAGAAAUAGAAGAUGAAGAUAAAUCCAAAUCAUUUAUGCAGAAAUAUGAACAAAAAAUCAGACAUUUUGGUAUGUUGAGUCGAUGGGAUGAUAGUCAGAGAUUUUUGUCUGACCAUCCAUACCUUGUAUGUGAAGAAACUGCUAAAUAUCUUAUUUUAUGGUGUUUUCAUCUAGAAGCUGAACAGAAAGGGGCUCUAAUGGAACAAAUAGCACAUCAAGCUGUUGUGAUGCAGUUUAUUAUGGAAAUGGCCAAAAACUGUAAUGUGGAUCCAAGAGGGUGUUUUCGUUUAUUUUUCCAGAAAGCCAAAGCAGAGGAAGAAGGUUAUUUCGAAGCAUUCAAAAAUGAACUUGAAGCUUUCAAGUCAAGAGUCAGACUUUAUUCUCAAUCACCAAGUUUUCAACCUAUGACAGUUCAGAAUCAUGUUCCCCAUUCUGGUGUUGGAUCUAUAGGUUCGUUAGAAUCCUUAUCACAAAAUCCAGAUUAUCUUCAGUAUUCUGUCAAUACAGCUCUUUGCAGUUUAAACUCAGUGGUACAUAAAGAAGAUGAUGAAUCCAAAAUGAUGGACACUGUAUGAUUUGGUUAAGACUGCUGAGGCCAAGUGCUAUUUUGUUACAAGAAAGGAAGAACUUGGCUAUUUUCUUGACACUUUUAUGGGUGCUGCACUUUAUUUUUGUUCGGUUUUGAUGGGAGGGGAAAAAAGAGUACUGAAACGUUUUGUAAAAUUUUUUUUAUGUGCUGCUAGGUUUUUUGUUUUUUUUUCUGAAGGGAGGAGAGUGAUACCAUAUGUUGUGGGACGUCAAACUGGACUUUGGGUUUUUUUGGUUUUCUUUGGCUACUAAAUUUGCCUUUAAUCUUAUUGUACUCAAGUUUGGAAUCAAAGUAGGAAAAUCUGCACAAAUGCAAUGUUUACAAGAACCGGUUGAUUCUAGGAGGCAUCUGCUACAGUCUCUUUUUAUAUGGGUAUGUUCAUGUCCUACGCUACAAAAAUAAUUAAAGAUAAAAUGUACUUGUAUCCUGCUAAUUUAGCUGUCAAAUCUGGUGUUUCAUCAUAU